UUGAAUCGCUCAUUGAAUAAUCCAGUUCACACAAAGCCAACCAUGUGCUUUAGUUUUAUUGUUCUUGUUCGGUAUAAAGAGAAUAUUGGAGGUGGCUGCUUAAAUGUUUUAUAUAACACACCAAACCUAUUGAUAUUAACUAUGGAGAAGAUCAUCUUCCACGAGGACAGAAACUUCCAGGGUCGAUUCCACGAGUGCGACAAUGACUCCGGCGACUUGCACACGUACUUCAGCCGCUGCAACUCCGUCAGAGUGGAGGGAGGAUUCUGGGUAAUCUACGAGAGGCCGAACUUCAUGGGCUACCAGUAUGUGCUGAGCCCGGGAGAGUACCCAGACUACCAGCGCUGGCUCGGCGUCAACGACACCAUCAGGUCCUGUCGCGUUGUUAGGAACGUGGGGAACUCGUGGAGGCUGAAGGUUUGGGAGAAGCCAAACUUCGAAGGCCAGACGAUGGAGGUGGGAGACAACAUGCCCGUCCUCCACGAGCGCUGGCACAGCCGCGAUUUGCACUCCUGCAAGGUGUUCGAAGGCGCCUGGAUCUUCUACGAGCAUCCCAACUACAGGGGGCGCCAGUACCUGAUGGAGCGCGGCGAGUACAGGCGGCACUCCGAGUGGGGCGGCGUGCAGCCCGCCGUCGGAUCCAUCCGCCGGGUUAAGGAGCACUAGCCGUGUCAUUAAAAAGUGUAAAAGCACACAUCUUGAAAAAUAC